UUAGCACUGAUCUCGAGUUACCGAAAUGCCAUCGAGAUUCAUUCAGAACGUUUCCAGAGGAAUCCUACUCAACUACAUAUUUGUUCAUAAAUAAAACGGUGCAAAUUCACGUGCUGAUGAAUUGUCAAGAUUAUCUUAAUUUUUAAAUGAGACUGUUGUGCAACAGCAUAGAGACGUCACGCCGUCUUUAUUCUAACUACAAACCUGUUGAAAAUAUUGGACGCUGCCUACAUCUCGACGACGCAUUAAUAUGCUGCCAGUUGAAAUGUCUCGUCCCGCAUCACCUUUUCAAUCACAAGAGAGCUGAACUUUCCAACACAACCGUUCUGUGGAGUGAACCAGUCAGAGACGCUCGUCGCCACAACAAAUUCGGCAACGUCAGCUUCACCGUGGCCUGGUCCGACAUGUACAGGCAGUUUGGUCCCCACAUGUACUACCUCCGACAACGUACUUCUCAUAACAUUACAACUGAAAUACUGAUCACUAAAAAACUUUUUAACACAUUGGAAUUAGUUGAUUUUAAUGCCAAGGACGCUCCUGUAAGAAGAGGAAUAUGCAAUUGUGCUUCAGAGAGCAAAAUAUGCAACUGUGGUCCAUUGGAAUACGCAACAGAAGUACAAAGAUGUGAAACAAGUAUCGUGCAUCAAAUACAAAUAGCCGUUGAUGCCACAUUGUGGGAGGGUUUUUGGGUCUAUGCCCUGAGCACUAUUGUACCGAAUGUCCACAAGAAGUUUUGUUUCAGGCACAGAUACGUGACCAAGAAGCCUUGCAGGUUUUAUUAUAACACAAGGCAAGCCCGAAAUUUUUUAGGGUUACAUUGCAACUACGAACUUGAUGGAGCUUUUAGGCGCGAACGGUAUAAAAAAUUUGGGCACAAUUGGAUGCUUCAUUUUGAAAGUUACAGUCAAUCUCCACCAUAUUAUUUUGAACAAGCAUUAUACGGACAACUGUCUUAUCAAUUAUGUAUGCGAGAUUUUUGGCUCUUUUUCAAUUCCACGUCUCAUGAAAUGAAUUGCAUGAUUUUGAGCAGAGCAGAUUUGAGCAGAUUGGAACAAAUGGUGGGCAGAUUGAUGUGGAGUUGGUGGCAAAAUUAUGACUUUUACGCGAAUUUGCAGUCAUACAUCACCAGAUAUUCUUGAUUUUCCUUUCUUCAACCCGAAAUUUGCCUGCGUUUGAAAA